AUGCCUCCCAAGGCCGCCGCGGAAAAGGCCGGCAAGGUCUUCACUGCCGACGUCGUCGCCGCUGUCCUCUGCAGCACUGGCACCACCAGCUUGUCCAACAAAAACUACGAGAUGAUGAGCGCGCUCGACGGCGUCAAGACCGCAAGCGGCUUCCAGCACGAUUUCCGUUCCGUACUCGCCAAGGCCAAGGAGCUCAAAGCGCGCCUCGAGUCUGGCGAGGAGUUCGAGCCGGUUCCGCCUGGUAGCAAGCGUGGUCAGACUACCCCAGCAACCGCCAAGGCAACCCCUAAGAAGAGAAAGGACAUGUCUUCCGGCUCCGAGGACGCUACACCGUCUAAGAAGAAGGCGACACCCAAGUCCCGUGGCAAGAAGGCUCAGACGGUGGAGGACACCAUGGAAGAGAACUUCCCCGAUGACGCUGAGGAGUUCAUCAAGAGAGAGAAGAAGUGGGAGGAGGAUGUCUUCACCUGA